AUGACAAACAGUGAGGGAAGCCGCGCUUCACAGAGGAGAAUGGUUGAGGGUGAAUCAAGCAAUGCAAGGGAAAGAAGGCUUAAGAUGCAAGCCGAUUUGAAGAGGAUGGAUCAGAGGAUGGAAGAAUCUGAUGCAGAGGAUAUUGAGAGUGAGCAAGGGGAGUUUGAGAUUGGAGUGAACCUUGUUCAAGAGGAGGGAAAUGGUCUCCAAGUGAAGAAGGAAGUGAUGAGACUGAGAGUGAAGAGGAAGGAGAAGAGGUGA